UCAGCACUCGGGGCCCUGGGUCUCGGGGAGACGGGCAGUAGCCGCCCCCGGGGACCUGCGGGGAUGAGGGCCCCGACGCCGGCUCGGCCUCGGCGGGCGGCUCUAGGCUGGGGGCGGCGGCGGCAGCGGCCCCCGGGAACAAGCCUUUGUGCUGGGCCCCGCGCGGCCGCCUCCCAGCCUCAUCCCCGGCCGGGGAGGCAGGCUCCCGGGGCAGGGCGAGGCGGGGAAGGCCCCGAUCCGGGGCGAUGUGCAGGGGUCUCGCGGGGCCGCCGCUUAGGCCCGGGCUCGCCAGGUCCUGAGGAGGAGCCUGCGCCUCCGCCUCCGCCGCCGGCACCGCCGCGAAGCCGAGGCCGAGCCCACCGCCGCCGCUGCCGCUGCUCCCGCUGCCGCUUCAGCGCCACACAUCGCCGGGACACCCGCGCCGGACAGCCCCGCCAGCCGCCCGCUUGCCGGCGCUGUGCCCCGCCUGAGCUCCGGGCCGCCCCUCCUGCCGCCCGACUUCGUGUCCCCACGGCUCCACGUGCCUCUCGUCACGGUCCGCUGCGGUUUCCGAGCCGCCCCCGAACCAAGCAGUUGACUUGCAGGCGUCCGCCAAGGCCUCCCCAAGGUGGCGCCACACCCAGGAUAGGCCCCCGGGCCCUCCGCAGCGCUGGCGCCGAGUUGAUGACGUAAAAGGCUCGGGCUCGCGGGGCGGGGCUAUUGGACCUCACCACCGGACUCUAGUGGCUGCGCGAGCGUUUCUCUUUUCUCCCAGCGCCGCGGACGAGAUUUGUGGCUCCAGAAACACCCUGCGGAAGGAGCCGGGGAUAUCGACUCGUGAUAGAGAAGACGAAACUGAGGCCACGGGCGGGUCCUGCGCUUGGUAAGGAGCCCCAGUCAUCCAUCUGCUUGCCCAAGAACAGCUGCACGGGCAUAUGCACUGGAGGGAAGUUUAAUCUGGAGGAGAGGGGGAAGGACAUCCCUAUCUGCUAUACCACAACCUGACCCAGGAGGAACUAAGCCCGGCACCCCAAUUCUGGGAUGUGAGUAGUGGAUUCCAGAAGACCCCGGCUUGGGGAUCUCUACCUGGGUUGCGAGAGGCUGCUGGGAGGCACUUACCACACGGUGCCAGCCUGGAGGGCUUGGGACAGAUAAUUGGCCUUGUCCAAGUCCUUUGUGAAGACAGCUGCGGCCAGCCCAUACUUGGAAUUGUUGGCUCUCCUAACGACUUCCUCUAUGGUCUUGAACUUCAGAAUCUGCAUCACUGGCCCAAAGAUCUGGGGUUAGAGAGCACAAUGGGUGGGUGGGGCAGACACGGAACCACCUGUUACCCAGCUUUCCACAGCGCUAAGCAGAUGAUUCCAGAUGUGGUAACAAGCCCCCAGACACACCCUAACAGUUCCAGAGGGAGACGACAGCUCCCACACUCACUGGAAUACAAAGGGAAGGAAGCUAAGGGGACCUUCUAUGUGCCAUGGACCUUACAUACCUUAUCUUAUUUCUAAACAGUCCUGUGAGGUAGGGGCUUGCACUGACAGGUCACAUGGAGAUUUAGUUUCAAAGAAUUUCAGUCAUUCAGCAACACUAGAUGCUGAAGAAAAAGCUAUGAACAAAAUAGGGUCUCUGAUCUCAAGAUGCUCUGAGUUUAUCUUAUACUUUCCCUGCCCUAUUUCUGAGCCAUUUCUUCAAGGCAUCCUGGUUCCUUUUAGUGGGCUUUAGUGGGCUUUGGAAAC